GUCUUCUGAAGCAAAUCAACAUAGCAAGGUAAAGUGUAAGAACGACAUUCUACAUCCGUUUAAAAGUUUAUUAUACGUGUCAGUAGUACAGUGCUUCCCGAAAUACUGUUGUGAAAAUAUAACAGAUAAUGUCAAGCACUUCCAAUUGCGAGAGUUCUUUGACGGAUUCAGAUGCAUUAAUUAUUAGCAAAGAUGAUUCGAUUCUUGGGUUAAAUAAGAAACAAGUUAUUUUAGAGAAUUCUCAUUUGAGCGGUGGAGAGACGAAUCUUAACCUACUUGAAAAGACUGGGACCCAUAGUGCUGGCGAUUCUUCACUAGAUUUUAUAGUGAAUGAACGGUCAGAUAUGCCGCAAAACAAUUACAGCACAAAAAGGAAGCGUGCUGAUAGUCCUGAUAGCUGUUGUGUUAAUCUAGAUAACGAAGAAGAAAGUUUUGGGUCUAGUGUUGAUUCUGAAGUUGAGGAUACAAGUCCCGAAGAGAAGCUAAAUGAAUUGCCCAAAGCUCCUGCUUCGUUAAUUGCCUUUGAUCCAACCAUCGAUAUGCAUCUUCCACACACGGUGUCAUUGCUAACAACUCCAGAUGGAGGAAAAGUUUAUGUUGUUGGUACGGCUCACUUUAGCAUGGAAAGCCAGGAAGAUGUUGCUAAGAUAAUCCAAGCCGUUCAGCCCCACAUAGUCUUGGUUGAAUUGUGUAAAUCAAGAGUUAAUAUUCUUCAACUAGAUGAGAAAACCAUCUUGGAAGAAGCUAAGAAUAUUAAUUUUGAAAAGUUGCGGUCUACCAUUAGGCAGAAUGGGGUUGUCCACGGUCUGAUGUACAUUCUUCUGCUCAGUAUGUCAGCUGAUCUUACCAAGCAACUGGGCAUGGCUCCAGGCGGAGAGUUCCGACGAGCAUUCGCCGAAGCUCGACGGGUUCCGAUGUGCCUCAUACAUUUGGGCGACCGACCUAUACACAUUACUCUACAGAGGGCCUUUGCUUCGUUGUCGUGGUGGCAGACUAUACGUCUUAUGUGGUACCUUUUAACCUCUAAGGAACCGAUCAGCAAGGAGGAGGUAGAACGUUGCAAACGACGGGACCUCUUAGAAGAAAUGUUAAGUGAAAUGGCUGGGGAGUUCCCAGCCCUCGGAACUGUGUUCGUUAAUGAACGUGAUGUGUUUCUAACCCACUCUCUGCAGUUGGCGGCUCAAGCGCAGCGUUGCGGUACAGAUGUUGUACCUGUACGUGUGGUGGGAGUGGUUGGACUUGGCCAUGUCCCAGGAAUAGUAGAGCGCUGGGGUAAAGUUACUGCUGAAGACAUUCCUCCAAUUAUGAAGGUGCCGCCUCCAACCCUCACUAGCCGGCUACUAAAACUGACGGUAAAAGCUUCCCUCGUUGGUCUGGCCGUGUGGGGCGUGUCUCGAAUUCUGCCCAAAUCCAUGUCGAACUGCGUCGAUUCAGUCCGAACGAGUGCCCACGGUUUUCUUCGCAUCGGAGGUAUAGGCCAAGGAAGAUUUUGAGGUUCGUAGAACGUGAUUUGUCGGUAAAUAUUUUCUGUGAUUGGAUUUUGCGAAUUAAAUAAAGUUGGAAUUUUUGUUCAUAAGAGCAGAUAAAAAAAGUUUGAACGACUCAUCGUCACAUUCAGAGUUGUGGGAUCUGGUGGUGGUUUCAUUUGACUGUGAUUAAUAUUUGUGCUACUUUCUAAUACCUAGUAUUUUUUACUGAAAAUCGAAGUUAUUUGUGCUGCACCUUUAAACGAGGAAAUACUUGUACAGCUUUGUCUUUCAGGGAUGAUUCAUGUUAAGUAUUGAAAAUUAUCCAGAGUUUGCUGAAAUAUUGAGUGAUUUUUGGCGUGGCUUAUUCCUGAAAGCUGAAGUUGUAAAUUGAACUCCAGCCACAAAACCCGUUAACAAUAAAAUACAUUUACAAUUGUU